CAAAUUAAUUCAAUUGAGAGAAUUACAUGUGAAGCCAUGGAAUGCUUCAUUGCUUCUUCAUCACCCAUAUACUUUUCUCUUUUGGCUUCUGAUUGACGCACGAUAUUUCCGAAACUGACCCGUCAAGCAAGGCUUGGCAAAGGGACCGAUGAACAUUGCUUGCAUGCAUGCCACCCUUCGGUUCACGAACUUAAUGUCAUCAUCUUAAUUUUUCUGUCUUUUCUCAUCACUCCUCACAACUUCACUUACCCAGAUUCUCCAAUUUGAAUUAAUUUCUUUUCUCUCUCUAAAUUCAAUUUAAUGUCUUCUAAGAGGUCCCCACAGCAAUACGUGGAAGCCAUGCCAGUGUUGAAGACUUUGAGGAGAGUGAAGCGUUUAAGAUUGUUUGAACCAUCCGUGGGCGUUGGUGUGGUUUUCCUAGUAUCUACCUUUGUUAUAUGCAGUUUUUUCUACUUGGAUUACAGAGAACUCGCUGAGAAAUUCGGGUUCUCGGGUCAACCACCGGAGAGGUUUACUUGGUCGCAAGAGAAAAGAGGUUCAGUGGAGAAACGUGUGCACAGAGUUGAAUUUCUUGGAGAAAAAGGUGGUGGUGAGUGUGAUUUGUUUGAGGGUAACUGGGUUUGGGAUGAAAGUUACCCUUUGUAUCAGUCAAAAGAUUGUAGCUUCCUUGAUGGAGGAUUUCGGUGCUCUGAGAACGGAAGACCUGAUUUGUUCUACACAAAGUGGAGGUGGCAACCCAAAGCUUGCAACUUGCCCAGAUUCAAUGCCACAAAGAUGUUGGAAAACCUGCGAAACAAACGCCUUGUGUUUGCUGGGGACUCAAUUGGGAGAAACCAAUGGGAGUCACUAUUAUGCAUGCUCUCUUCUGGAGUUCCAAACAAGGAAUCAAUCUAUGAAGUGAAUGGUAGCCCAAUUACAAAGCACAAGGGGUUCUUGGUGUUCAGAUUCAAGCAUUAUAACUGUACAGUGGAAUACUACAGAGCUCCAUUUCUUGUAUUGCAAAGCAGGCCUCCUCCUAGAACUGAUAGAAAGAUUAGGACAACCCUGAAAUUGGAUGAAAUGGAUUGGUACUCUUUGAAAUGGAGAGAUGCAGGUAUCCUGGUUCUUAACACAGGACACUGGUGGAACUAUGAGAAAACCAUAAGAGGGGGUUGUUAUUUCCAAGAAGGUGUGGAAAUUAAGUUGGAAAUGAAGGUAGAAGAAGCAUAUAAGAGGUCCAUAAAGACAGUAUUGAAUUGGAUACAAAAUUCAGUAAAUCCUAAGAAGACUCAAGUUUUCUUUCGUACUUAUGCCCCUGUUCAUUUCAGAGGUGGAGAUUGGAGAAAAGGUGGAAACUGUAAUUUGGAAACACUGCCAGAGCUUGGUUCCUCAUUGGUGCCUAAUGAUAACUGGUCACAAUUCAAAAUAGCCAAUUCUGUGCUAUCAGCACACACAAACACCAGUGAAUUUUUGAAGCUCAAGAUAUUGAAUGUAACUCAGAUGACAGCUCAGAGAAAAGAUGGACAUCCAUCCAUCUAUUAUCUGGGCCCUAAUGCGGGCCCCGCACCUCCCCAUCGCCAAGAUUGCAGCCACUGGUGUCUCCCUGGUGUACCAGAUACUUGGAAUGAAUUACUUUACGCAUUGUUCCUAAAACAUGAAACUUCUCAUACAUGGAACUAGUAAUACUCAAUGUCAAGGAACAUUAUUUAUGUACAUGAUCCACAGAGAGCAUUUAUUUGUGCUCCUUGGAUUCAUGGAACAUUUUUGCAAAGGAAAAUGUAUAUACCAAUUCUUUCCUACAAGUAUCACAAAGAACAACAAUGCAUGAUUUUGUCCUUUUAUUUCAGCAGUGACUAGUGAGAAUUUCUUAUCUUAACAAGUCUAAGACUUCAUCAA